AUGCGCGGCAGCCCGGUGUCAGGGCUCCUGUCCUCGGUGGUCCUCCUCCUGCUGCUGCAGGACGCACGCUCAGUCUACAUUCGGCACCAAGGCUUCCAGGUCCAGCUGGAAUCAGUGAAGAAGCUGAGUGACCUGGAGGGGCAGUGGGGGCCCAACCCCCGCCUCCAGACCCAGAGCUUUGUGCCCUCCAUGUGUCACCACCCAGCCCUGCCGCCGGACCUCCAGCCGGUCUGCGCAUCCAAGGAAGCUGCCAGCAUCUUCCAGGCCUUGAAGAGCAUCGCUAAGGACGACUGCGAGCUGUGCGUGAAUGUCGCCUGCACCGGCUGCCUCUGAGGCGACUGGCUGCCCUGAGCCCACUCGGACACCGCCCCCAGCCCGCUACCUUCCCAGCCCGCAUCAGCCCCCCACUGCCCCGUCCGAGCCCCAGUGGGGCCCCUGAGCGCAUCAGCACCACUGGCCAGAGGACCGAGCAGCUGGACGUGGCACGAAGCGGUUGGACACAUGGUUGGAGGGGAGUUUGGUCCCUGAGGUAGCCCUGCUGCCCAAAAAGGAUGCCCCACCUACCUACACCCAGAGUCUGGAGACCCUAUGUCCAUCCCCGGGAGCCCCGGGCAGAGGGGCUUGGGAAGCUGGUAUGUGAGGAGAAAGGCUGAUCUCAGGAUACAGUCAGGAGCUUCCCAGUUUCCAGCACCUGCGGAGGUGGAUCAGCAAGCCCUAUUUCACAUAGGAGGAGGGAGGCUGACGGGGGGCAUGGAAUGAGUCCCCCCAAAUCACAGAGCUAAGACGCUGCAGAGUGACCGGACCCAUCUGACCCUGCAAGCCGAGCUCCAGGCCUGGCCCAGCGACAGAGCCAGGGCUGCUAUGCUUCCCCUGGGAGGUGGGGCUGCCCUGGUGGGUGCGCGCAGGGAAGAACAACUUGGUGCCCCCUCCCAGGCUGGGUGUCUGGGCUGCC